CCGGUCUCGACCGGUGGAGUGACGAACUUAAAGGACAUUUUCUAAUAUAUAUAUAUACACAAAUGACAAAAGGACAUGGAGAUCCACGCCACAAGUCAGAACUUAACAGAUGAAAGUAAAUUGGGACCUAAAAAGAGAAGAAAACCCAUUGGAGAGAGAGAGAGAGAGAGAGAGAGAGAGAGAGAAAGAGGAAUGGAGAUGGGGAAGGAAGAGAAGAUGGUCAAACUUUCAGUUCAUCCUCACCCAUUAAAACCUUGUGACGACAUUUCGAGUAUGAACCGCUGCCAUAUGUGCGAAGAAAGGUUUGAUGAAUCGGAAGACUCUCCCUCCAUGAUCGAAGGUUAUCGCUGCGGAAAAUGCGAAUGGUGGGUUUCCCACAAAAAAUGCGCCGAGAAAGAGACAGCCCACCUCCCGACUCACCCUCACCCCUUGACCGCUUUCCGCACCUCUUCCUCCUUCUGCUGCCAAAUGUGCGCUCGUGAAGAACAUCAUCAUGACGACGGAACCCAUCAUCAUGUUUACAAAUGCGGGACUUGCUCCAAGUCAUACCACAAGGAAUGUGCUGAAUCUCCAUUGGAGAUCAUUCACCCUUUUCACCCACGACAUCCUCUCACUUUCCUCCUCCUCGAUGAUUCCGAUGUCCAAUGCAAUAGUUGUGGGAGAAUACUUAGCCAUGGGGAAGCGUAUCACUGUCCCAUCUGCAGAUUCUUCAUGCAUAUGUACUGUACCAAGAAGACACCUCAACUUCAUAUAGGGAAUCCCAAGUGCCAUGACCAUACCCUUACCCUCCUCCCUAGACCUCUCCCUUUCACCUGCAAUGCCUGUGGUCUCCUCCAUGACUGGUCUCUUCCUUACGUCUGUCACCGUCAGUGUGAUUUCAUGGUCCAUAGGGAUUGUAUCGACUUACCACGCGUCAUCAGAAUCUCCCGUCACCAUCAUCGUCUUUCUCACGUCCCUUCUCUCCCUCUGCCUCAUCAUCAUCAUCAUGUUGCAGCAUCAUGGUCAUGUGGUGUCUGUCGUAAACCCAUCGACCGCAAUUACGGGUCUUACUCUUGCAACAAGGAUGGUUGCCUUUACGCCGUCCAUUCGAUGUGCGCAAUCAGGAGGGAUCUGUGGGAUGGGAAAGACCUCGAGGGAGUUCCCGAAGAACCAGAUGAAUAUGUCGAGCUGCCUUUCGAGGUUGUAGAUGACAACGUGAUAAAACAUUUCAGCCACGAGCACUACCUUACAUUGAACGAGGAUGAAGGUUCCAGUGUCGAUGGAUUCGAACACUGCCAAGCAUGCGCGCUUCCCAUCCGUAUCCAUGUCGGUAAUACCUACAGCUGUAUGAAGUCAGAUUGCAUUUUUGUUCUACAUGAAAGAUGUGCUGAAUUACCUCGAAAGGAAUGGUACAUUCUGCAUCCUCACCGUCUUACACUACAAACCUUCAUAACGGAUGCAAUUGGUGGAUGCGUAGUUUGCGAGCGGAUAAGCAGUGGCUUUGCGUAUCAGUGCUGCGAAAAGGAUUUUAGUUUCAUAAUAGAUGUGAACUGUGCUUCGGUAUCCGAGCCGUUCGCACAUAACAGUCAUCCGCAUCCUCUUUUCUCCACGUCGGCAUCGAAAGAUCGCCGAGCUUGUUCAGGCUGCAAAAGGGUUACUUAUGGCCAUAAAAUGCAGUGUAUCGAAUGCGACUUCGUCCUGGAUUUCAGGUGUGUAACUUUGCCACCUAAGGUGAGGUACAAGCAUGACACGCACCCGCUGAUUCUGACCCUCGGGGGCAAUGAAAAAGCUGAAGGUGCAACAAGCUGGUGGUGUGAGAUCUGCGAAAGAAAAAUGGAUCAAGAUGUACUGUUGUACACUUGUGACAAUUGUUGCAUCACCAUCCAUGUCGAAUGCAUACUCGGAGUGGACCGACACAUGAAGCCUGGUCGAUAUUGCGACGACUUGGGAGACGAGUGUGAAGUUGAAGCCAACAGGAGUUGUUCUCGGCCGUUCUGCUCUGGAUGUGAGAAGAGAUGCCCAUUCCCCAUUGUCUUCAAGGCAGAUGAUCUUACUUUCUGCAGUAACGAAUGUCUAAACAAGUCCAAUUGAAAAUGGACAAGAUUGGGUUAGCACUUAUCCGUAGAGUAAAUGUAUUUCGGGGAGAGAGAAAAUUCUACCAUCAUGAAAACUGUUUGUUUAACUUUGGAACAGCUUCAUCCAGGGGUAUGAUUUUGCUUCAA